UGCAGCUUUAGAUGCCUCUUCCAGAGCAAGCACAUGUGAAGCACAUCUACACUAAUCCAUCUUAAGAACAUAAGAACAGCCCUGCUGGAUCAGGCCCAGAUCUUAGGGGCUACAAAAGCAUGAAUAAGUGUGGUGAGACCCCCCUGCUUUUGAAAAAGGGCAGAGAUUAUGCCCCAAGUACAGCUGAUUAAAAGGUGCCACUUCUGCUCCUGGUACUUGAUUUUCCAAGAGCAAGUCAAGAUCCAGAAGUUCUGAACUUAUUCAGGUAUUAUGCUCAUUCAUGCUUCUGUACUAGUCAAAGACUGUAAUGAAGUCUGUCUGUCUACUAAUGGAGGAGAAGGCAACUCCUAGGGAGAAGAGGAAGAAAGAGAGCACAAUGGCUGACAACACAAGUAAGCACACCAGACAUGCGAACAAAACACCUCCAAAGUCUCCUGCAGAUCCUGCAAAAGAAAGAGCGGCCAAAAGGUUGUCCUGUGGGUCAAACAGCUCCCACGAGGGGGCUACUGCACCAGAGCUGAGUGCACUUGAAGAGGCUUUCAAGAAGUUUGCCAUCCAUGGGGACACAAGAGCCACAGGAAAAGAAAUGCAUGGGAAAAACUGGUCCAAGUUGUGUAAGGACUGUCACGUGAUUGAUGGCAAGAAUGUGACUCUCACAGAUGUUGACAUCGUCUUCAGCAAAAUCAAGGGGAAAUCCAGGACAAUUACAUAUGAUCAGUUUAAGGAAGCACUUCAGGAACUCUCUAAGAAACGGUUUAAAGAUAAGAGCAACGAGGAAGCAGUGCAAGAAAUGCACAAACUAAUUGAAGGGAGAGGACCAGUCAUAUCUGGAGUCACGAAAGCCAUUUCAUCUCCGACUGUCUCACGACUUACAGACACAACGCGUUUCACUGGUUCCCACAAAGAGAGGUUUGAUCCAACUGGGAAAGGCAGAGGCAAAGCAGGGCGCGAAGAUCUGGUUGACACUUCUGGCUAUGUGUCUGGAUAUAAGCAUGCUGGAACUUAUGAUCAGAAAGUGCAAGGAAGCAAGUAAGCUGAUAUUUGAAAAAGAGAGGGUGUACCUGUGAUGGUGACCCACCUAUUUCAGUUGCUGUGAAUGCCUGAGAGACUAUGUCAGCAAGUGGCUUUUGUGGGACUAGAACCAAUUUUGACAUCUACUGAGACUCUUGCAGUGACACACCACUUCAUUACAUUCCUCCUGCUUAUGACAGUGAAAAGAAAACAGCAACAUCUUUGAACUUUUGAGCAAGAAACCAUAUCCAAGGGCUCUCACACCACACCUCACCCAUACUGGUAGCAGAUUGCAAACAUUCCUAUAUGCCUAGUUCUCUGUCUUGCUCUUUCAGCUGUAGUUGCAAACCUUUCCCCCUCUAGAUAAUAUAGCGAAAGCCACAUGCGUCAGUAGCUUUUCCAAGAGGCAUCCAUUCACCAGAUUUAUUUAUUGUUGAACAGUAUCUUUAUAGGAAACAAGUGCUGCCCUCAAAGAUAAAACAUUAGCUUUCUACUAAAGGCAAUUAAAUAGUGGUUGUAAUUUUUAAAGGUGCUAUUAUGGAAAAACAAAUUAUUCUAUCCAUUUGUGAACAAGAGCAACAACUAUUACAUUUUAAAAAACCCCCUCUGUUCUUCAUUAUUGGAGAAUUGAGGUCCCAAUUGAUCUUGUUUCUCCAAAAGUGAAGGAAGAUUGCACUCCCUCCAUCCUAUCUCAGAAAUCUCCCCAAUAAUCUCUUGUUUCUUGCAAACCAUCUGCCAUCAAAGAUGUUACUAAUGGAGGACUAACAGAGAGAAAGGGGCUAUGGAAGGCUUGUUGGAAAUGGCUCUGUUGUUUGCAAGACCUAAAACUUUGCACUGCCUCAAACUGGAAGUCAAAAGAGCUUUUACUUUAUUUUGAUGUUUUCUUAAAUAUUCUUAUGUUUUACAACAAAUACCACAAAUUGUUCUUCUACUAGGGUGUACAGUUGUACAAAUGAACACCUCUAGAAGAUUCAAUCAACUAUAGAAAUUCAGUCUCUCACAAAUUAUCAGUCCGAAAUAGUGCCCUUGGAAAUGACCUACUCAGUUUGAACCAUACCCUUAAAAAAAACAAAAAACAUUUUGAUUAAUAAUAUUGGUUACAUAGUUUUUUAGUCUUCCAGUUGCAAAAUACAGGAACAUUAUUGUUCUGUCAUUCACUGCAAUGUAAACCUGGCAUAAUUUCAUAGUCUGAUUAUACUAGGAGAGAACAAAGGUAGAGAAGAUGACAUUUAGAUUCAUUGGUCUGGACUUCAUGAUGAGGAAAAUUACUCAGAGUAGUCCUGUUGAAAUUAAAAGGACAAGUUAAGCCAUGCCUAAUUUCCUUUUAAUUUAAAUGGGACUGCUUUGAAUAAUUUUCCUUAUCAUGUCAGCCAUUAUUUUUAUAACCAACUAUCAUGCUGCAAUGAAUUAAAAAUCAAAGUGGUUCUGAAUUGUUGCUUCAUUGAAUUAGGUGAUUUUUGUUGUCUGUUUCUUAUUGAGUCAGUGCCACACUGCAUCAAGUAUAUAAGCUGGAAAAAUGAUGGCUGUGAUCUUUAUGUGGAUAUUUGCCUGCAGUUGAGUGUUCAGCCUUCUUCUCAUGGAAACUUGCUCAGCAGUGCACUCAUUCACUUUGCUAGCUCCCCUUUAGAUAUCUCGAGAUUAACCAGAUUAACUUCUUGCCACUUUUUUUAGUGCUCUCUUUGACAGGCCGAAUAUACACAAAAGAGCUGACUGUACCAAUAGUAACAUUAACUGUUUCUUCACACUUUGAUGUUGGCCUGUGUCCAGAAACUGGCCUUAAUGCUUCAUCAGUGAGCCAUCUAUCAUUUAUGGUUCCUAUACCCUGAUUGUUAAUGAAAGUUUUUUACAGUGCAGACUGAAAAGUUAUGGAAAGAUCCAUAAUCUUUCAGUCUGCAUUAUGAAAGUGAAUCUAAAAAUAAUUUUGUUAAAUACUGACUUUGUAGGUCUAGGAGCUGUUUUUGAAACCUUAGAUUUAAGGAAUGGGAAGUUUGCAGGUCUGUGGCUUUAGUGGUUACCUGAAAUGGUGUUUGAGCUGUAAAGGACCGUUGCUGUUUGAAAUAUUUAUGCUGCCACAGUCUGCCUAGUUGCCACUUUGUUGACACAAACCCCACUUCCAGAGAGGCAGGUAUUUUUGCCACAGCUAGUCUGCCUGCUGCAUGUCAAGGAUCAGCAAUAGCGUGUGUGUGUGUGUGUGUGUGUGUGUGUGUGAUGGAAUGAUGGGCAUUGUGUAGUUGUCAGUCCUCUCUAGAAGUUGUGUACAAUGCUUAUAUAUACAAAGACUUAACAAGGCAUUUUAUUUUGUUACACUGAACAGAAUCUUCCAAACAGCAAACACUCCAACUGUGAUACCUGCCCCUUUCUAAUACUGUGAAUAUAAAGAGAUCCCCUAGGCUUUGUGUAGGAAAAUAAGCACAUCACAAAGAUAUAUUUAGAGCAGCCUUCAUUUGGUGAUCCACUUGUGUACAGUUGUGUUUUUGAUGCCCAGGAUCAUUUUUUGGUUUGAGAAUCUAGCUGCUACUUGCUGAAGUGAAUUGUCCAUGAACACUGUUUGAUUGCGGGGAGGAGCUUAAUAUAACAACAGUCCUGGUAUUGUUACCAUAUUCUGCUCAUGCCUGAGUUUUCCUGGUAUCCAGAGAGGAAGUUUUUGAUAGCCUCAUAACUCUCACCAAUGGAUUUAAUACUAAUCUGUACGCUAGGUAGUCUAGAGUAGAAGAAUUUUACUAUUACUUCCGUUUGAAAUGAGCAUUCCAUAUUCUUUUAAUGGAUUAUUUUACAAUGGAUUACUGUAAAGAGACAGAGGCAACCUGAAGAGAUGAAUUAGUAACUGAAAAGCACUUUUGCCAGCGAGUACCACAGGUGAGAAGCACAUGCUCUUCUGAUAUCCCAGUUCCAUCUCCCACAACACAUUCUGAAAUCUUAUUCUUGAACUUCCCUGUCCCUAGAACUCAGUAUUCUACAUCCUAGAAGACCACUAUGUCAUUGGAGGAGGAGGGACCUGGGUGUAGGUGCAUCAAGGUAUAACUAGUGGGAGAGGGCAAUUUAUCCAAGUCUCAAUUUGAAUACCAACUUUGUACAUGGAAUAUUUCAUCUUCCUCUUCUCCCAUUCCUGUAUACUUCUCAGUAACUUCCAUCCCUUUUUAAUUUUUCCCCCAAGCACAGAACAUAUGGUAAAUAUGCAGCUUUGCCUGCCUUUGUCAUCUCUCUUUUCUGUUAAAAAUUCUUAUUGUCAGUGACCCCUUUGAAACUCAUAGUCGGGGGGGGGGAUGUGAAACAGCUCUUCAAAUGUGAAUACAGUAGAGAUCAGUAUCUGUAGAUUUUUUAAAAAGCUAUUUUACGACAGUAAUAUGUUUACAACUUACUUAAAUAAAUCAUUCUAAGCACCCAAUGUACUUUAUUGUGUAUGAAAUAUAACUCACUCCAGGGUAUUUGCUUUUUUGCAAACAAGCAUGUUUCAUUUUGUAUCCUUGCAGUGCCACACACACACACACACACACACACACACACACACACAGCCCUAUUAUCUUCUGGGAUCUGGAAUAGACUCUUUGUGCCAGGAAUGCAGCACAUUUUCCAGCCUAGAAAAAAAUGGGCAGUCCUUGUGUGAACAGAGCUGCAUAUGUAUAUUGGAGUUCCAAUAUGCAUAUGUAUAUUGAGUUUUGGAUUGUGGCCUGUUGAUACCUUUUUAAUUUAUAGCCACACAGUUUUAUGGAGCACAGUACAUUCUAGGCCCCUGCUAAUUGUUAAGUAGACAAAGAGACACCUUUCAAAGUGGUGAUUUUCUUAUAUUUAGCAGGGGAAGGGCAAUUGGCCCUAUUCAACGCUACCACCGCACUUCUCCAGUGGCUGUUGCUGGUAUUUCCUUUGUAUUUUUUCAUAGACUAGAAGAAUAAAAGUUCUGCUGGAUCAGGCCCAAGGCAUAUCCGGUCCAGAAUCCUGUUUCACACAGUGGCCCACCAGAUGCCUCUGGGAAGCCCACAGGCAAGAACUGAGGGCCUGCCCUCUCUCCUACUGCUAUUCCCCUGCAACUGGUAUUGAGGGGCAUCUUGUUUCGGAGGCUGGAGGCAUCCAGGCUGUUGGCUGUCACAUCUUGUGGCAUUCCAAAGAGCCCUUUGGGGAGAGGAAACCAUCUUAUUCUUAUUCUUCCUCUGUGUAAACUGCAUGGAGAACUUGUGUCGAAUAUAUUUGUUGUAGUAGUAGUAAGAGUUCCAGCAGAUGACAGUAUGUAUUGGGAUUGAGGGAAUGAAUACAUAACUGUUAUUCCAUUAAAAAGCACUUCGAGUUAUGUUUGAGUAACCUAAAAUGGAUUUGUCUUUUAAGAAGUCUAGAAAAGAAUGGACAACUUAAAGUCAACGGGUCGGGCUGCAUCCAGUCUGCUCAACAACUACAUAGCAACCUAACCAGAAAUUUCAGGAAAGAGCAGCAAAAACAAUUUGAAAGCAAAGGGCUUGACUGAUUGGUUAUGCCUAAGAACCUUCCCUUGUGUAGCCCUGGCUUAGGCAUAGACAUCUGAAGCAGUUUUAUAGCGAAUCAGGCCAUUGGUCAGUCCAGCUCAGUAUUGUCUGCUGUUGAUUGGCAUCUGCUUUCCAGGGUCUUGGGCAGAUAGGGCUCUUGCUGCCAGAGAUCCUUUUAACUGAAUAUGCUGAGAAAUGAACCUGAGCCCCUACCUGCAAAGUAUGUGUUCUCCCCAAUAAGUGAUGGUUUCCUACAUGAAAAUAGUUUUUUGAGCACUGCUUUAUAUAUAGCUUAUUAUUUAAGCCUACCAAAUGAUAUUAUUUCACAAAUGACUUCAAAAGCUUCAAGGCAUACAAUUAUUCUUCCUGUCUUAAUUUCCAGUGUUGUGUGGUGCUUCUGUACUUCCCUACAGAUGAACAUUUUAUACGGUCUAAAAACCCUAGCACACCUUAAAACUGAAAAUGUUACAUUUCAGUUUAUUCUGCAGGGUAUCAUUAUGGAAUAAACUUCUGACUCUUUGUGCCUGAGUGUAUGAUAUCUUGUGUCUUGUUUCAAACCUACCUAUGCCUUACAGUGAUAUAUGUGCAGCUAUGAAAGAGGUGUGUAUGUGUGUCUGAUAUUUAUAACACAUAUAAGCAUGUUCUGACUCUCUUGAUAAAGAAGCAACUGACUUGAACUUCACAAUAAAGGGGGAAACAUGUAAUCUGUAGUUUUGGUCAGGCAUGCUUGCCAGAAUGAGUAAUCAUUGGCUGAGUGUCAAAGAGCCAUUCCUUUCCUUGUUGCAUGUUCAGCUUCACUUUUAAUGCACUCAUUGCUUGCUACCAGUUAGUGAUAGCCAAGAGUAGUUUGCCUGUGAGUGUGUGCAUGCAAAUGCAAAUGGAUGCAACUACUGUUACCUGCAUAUGGGUGUUAAUCCAAAACCAGAGUUAGAUUGCCUAAAACAGACCACUGUCACUCUGAAGUGGUUUGCCAUGGACUCUGACUUUCCUUCAAUUACCAUUUGAUUUAAGGAUGGCAAUUUUGAUCUGUCCAUUGUCUGUCUCCAGUUCACUGCAGGCCAAAAAGACCUGAACAGCUGUCUCUGCCUCUCUUGUUUUAUUACAUGCAACAGCUUAGAAGGUAGGAUUGGAGCUACAACUAAGGGUGUGCAUGAACCAUGGUUCAAGCACUGGUUCGGUGGGGCGGGGAGUGGGAGCUUUAAGAAAGAGAAGAGCAGGAGGACCUUACCUGCUCUCCACCGCCUCAUGCAGCUUCCUGCUGGGGUGGCGCUCAUCCCAAGUAACCCUGGGUGACUCCAGCAUGCACAUGGCACCCAUGCAUGCGCAGAUAUCAUGUGUGGUUUUGUGCCGCACAGGGGUACUUGGGUGCCACUCCAGCAGUAAGCUGCAUGGGGUGGCGGAGAGCAGGUAAGGUCCUGCUCUCCUCUUUCUUAAAGCUUCUGCUCCCCAUAACUCUCCCUGCAGUGCUGAACCGGUUCCAACCUCAUCUGAACUGAUUCGGUGCUGAACCAGUGCUCGAACUGUUGUUCAUGCACACUCUUAUCUACAACUAGGAAAGAAAUAUGGGCCUAGAAUGCUGUGGACUUGGAACUUCUGCCGCAAACCAAAUCACAUUUUGAGGGGGGAAGGGCAAGUCAUUAAUUUCUGGAAUCUGUGACUUGUGUCCAAAGAGUGACAAGUGGCAUUCCACUCGUACAACCGGCUUUUCUUGCUCUCCCCUUCCCACUGCAGCCAUGGCUGGGCCUUCAGCAGAGUAUGAGCCAGUGCUCGGGUGGCAGAAGAGCCCACCUUGCUCCCAUCCCAUGCGUGGCCUGCAGAGGAAGGAAGGCAAAAUGGCACCACCCACUUCUCCUCUUUCCAUUCUAACAGAAAACAAAUUAAUGGGGAGUGAUGUGAAAGAAGCAAGGAGUUAGGUAGGUGGUUUUAAGAGGGAAAGCUGCUCUGCUUCCAGCAGCCAAAUGCCAUGGGCUGUCACUGACUGCAGCAUCUGGUUCCUGCUGUACAGCUGCAUCUGAGGGUCAGACAAUCUUUCAGAACAGUAUGCAGUGUUGGGGCCAGAAGCUGGCUGCAGCAGGAAGGAAAGUGGAGGACAUUGGAGGCCCCCUCCCACCUGAUCAGAAGUGCCUUCAAUUUGUGCUAAGAUCUUGUUGGAUCCAAACUCUGACUCCUUCUAUAUCCCUUCUUACUAGCUGGAUAGCAAACUACUGUGUAUAGGUUUGUUUGUUUUCUCUAAUUCAACCAUUCUAUUCCAUGGUCUGUGCCAGCAUUUGCUAGAAACAGUUGACUUUCCAGCUCAUGUAAACAUCUACUUUCUAUCCAGAUCCUGGUGGCUGUUUGGCUCAAUGGAGCCAAAGUUCAGCAUAAAAUUUGGUUAGCCUUGCAAAAAUACCCAAGCGGUGUUAUUUAUUUGAAAGGUUGCUGGUUCGAAUCCCCGCUGGUACUAUAUUGAGCAGUAGUGAUAUAGGAAGAUGCUGAAAGGCAUCAUCUCAUACUGCGCAGGAGGGGGGAAUGGUAAACCCCUCCUGUAUUCUACCAAAGACAACCACAGGGCUCUGUGGGCGCCAGAAGUCGAAAUCGACUUGACGGCACACUUUACUUUUACUUUAUAAAUGAGUGAUACACACAACCUAAUCUUUGCAGAUACUUCUACCUUCCCACCAGUGUUCUCUCUAACAGGGAUUCCCAGAUGCUAUGGACUACAGCUCCCAGAAUUCCCAGCCAAAGACUACUGCAGCUGAGGAUUCUGAGAGUUGUAGUCAACAACAUUUGGGGAUCCCUAUUACAGGGAACACUGCUCUCCACAUGCUGGUACUCCAUAUAGACUCCUAGAAUGCUACAGCUGGAAGGUGCCUGGGAGGUCUUCUAGUCCAACCUCCUGCGCAGUGCAGGAAUCGGCUGUGGCAUCCCUGCAGGUGGCCAUCUAGCCUCUCUUUGAAAAGAUCUAGUGGAGAUUUGGGGCACUUAUUCACAAACAGCUGCUGGCAUAUGUGUGCGUCUUUGCAACUGAAAUCUAAAUCCAUGUUGUGCAUUGUAUGUGCAAAUGGCUUAAUUGGGCAACACACCCCCACCCCAUUUGCAGGCAUAGGCAUUUUUCUGACAACAAAAAGGCAGUAAUUAUUUAGGUCUACAUUAUACUACUUAUAAUGUAGACCUGAAUCAUUACUGCCUUCUUGUUGUCAUCUCCAACUGGCUUAGCUACACAUUAGCUUCUGCAGUCAGUCCCUUGUAUUUUUGAUGUGGUACCUGCUGUAUGUUUGGAACAUUACUCUGCAACUGUCAAUAUGUGGCAUUUACAACAGGAAUAGGAAGCGAUGGCUAUCCAAAGAAUCCCUAUUAAAAUGGAGGGUUACCUCUAACCCCAUUACAGCUAAUGGGAUUUAGACACGCUUUGCCUACAGCUUAUUUCCAUCUGGUAUCCUUGUUUUAGGGAAAUCCCAUCAUCCUAGCAGUGAAUGUACAACAUUUAUUACAAGAUCACAUGGCAAAGUAUAUUUGGUUUCUCUUGCUGUCCAUUGCUUUAACUGCCACAGUUAAAAAAGUAAGAGCCCCAAAAGGAAGCAGGAUAGACUCUGCUAAAAGGGAAAGGACUUGCUCAUUGAGAAAAUAUCCAUUAUAGUAAGGAACAGGCGAUAAUAGCGAAAAUGUUGCAAGAGGGGAAAUUAACUAGCAAUUCUGACUGACAUGGUGUGCACUGUACUGGCAACCAUGCAAUCCACACUGGAGCUGGAGUUGCUGUAGACUCAGAAACUUGGAUGCUCUUGAGACCAGGCAGUUAUUCAAGCUAUUGUGGCAAAUGGGAAUAACUGUAGUAGCAUAGCUUGUCUAAUUACUUGGUCUCCACAGCAUUGGGGCUACUUAUGAGCCUGCAACCGCUCCAGCAUGGAUCACGUUGUUGCAGCUAUGGUGAGCAUCAUGUUGUUUUCUGUUCUUAAGAGAGCCAGUCCACAAAACCUAUGUGAUUUGUUGCAGAUAGGGAUGUAUGUGGUCAAGCGGUCAUCUUAUUGUUUCACCAUAUAUCUGGGAUGAUGUAAUGUGUGUUAAGUAGACCUGUAAAAGAAUAUUCUCCAAUACAUUUAAUAGAAUAGGUAGAAUAAUGAUCCAAAAUAUUAUCUCCCAUGCUAAAUAAUGCAAGGGGAUAUUCUUUUCACAAGUCUAGUGUUGAGGUGCACAGUAGUGUGCUAAAACAUUCCACUCUUUUGCGCGGAUCCUCUCGACCAGUUUUCUCAACACAGCAGUUGAUCACAUGGAAACAGAAUCAUAGUAUCCCCCUUUUAACUUCUCCUUCUUGACUUCCUCUCUCCUCUAACAUUGCCUGCACUUGUUUUGAUCUGCAUUUUCCAGAGGGCAGAUUCACACGAUUGGUGAGGUGCAUAACAGUGCUUGAAAAUUGCACAUGCACCAUUUUCCUGCCAAGGGUUAGCCUGCUGUGGGAAGCUUUCUAGUAAACGGUUGGAUGUACUAGAAGUUAGUUUGAACUUUCUACCUCCUUGCUUUCAACAGUUGAUAUACUCUAUUCUGUAAUACUGUACUGCACACAGUUACAGCUCCAUAACACUGUGCCCGGUGCUGCUGCAGACUCCUAAACAAGUCCCACUGCUGCUCUGAACAAGUGGUUGUGCUAUUUUCCCCAUUGUUGCGAAUGGGGGAAACGGUGGAAGUGCUGCUAGUGCAACCACUUGUUCAGAGCACUAGCGUGGAUUACUUAGGAGUCUGCAGCAGCACAUCAAGUCGACGACUGAUAUCUGACUAAAUCCCCAUUUAUGUCAGUGUGUAAGCAUGAUCAAUAAGCAGAGAGCAUCUUGGUAAAGGCAAAGGGCAAAAGGCCUAGUCUAGAAAUUGCCGCUCCUUGCAACAGGAUUAUUAGAUCAUGCCACUAUCUCUAAAUCCCAAUCACUAUGAAGUGUCUGGGACUUGGAAGAACUGGUUCUUACUGCACGCUCUGCAUUUUUUGUACAGCAGUGUUCUUAAAGGGUUUAAAAAUACCGCUCUCGUUGCAUGAUUAGGUUUGCCAUCUUCAGUGCAAGUCAGAAAUUAUUAGAAUACAACUGAGUUUAGCAUGAACCAACAGUAGUUGGGAGGCCAGAGACUUGCAUGGCUCAUAAUCCCAAACAAGCAGCUAUUCUUCCUUUGUGUGUGUAAAUAAUUCAUUUUAGAAUGGACUAUUUAAAGGCCAAGUUCAAGUGAGUCUAUCUAUGCAUUUCAGAGGAGUCUAAAAAUGGAAUUAUACUCUGGGCUCAGUUGAUUAGUGUAAAUGCAAACCACAAAAUGUGGCUUCCCCACCAUGGUAAAGUUACUCCUGCUAAAUAUUCAUGGUUAAGACAAGACAUUGCACAAAUGCUAUUGAAUUUCAUGUGGCUGAUGUAUGCAAGUCAUUUCACUGGGUCUCGAUGUAAAAGCACAUCACUUUUACCUUUUGGAUCGGAGGCUGUCGCUGUAUGUUCUACUGCACUGUUUUCUAGACUCCUAGGGAAUCCUGGAGUCUUUCAGAGAGAUCAGUAAUGGCAGACAAGCUGCUCUGGAAGGCAGAUUGUUAGCAGUGCCCAUCCAUUCCCUGCAAUAUGCAGCAAGGGUACCAGGUGUGCUCUACUACGUCACCAAAAAUAUAAUGUAAGGGAACUGAACUAUGAUAGGAAAAAAACCAAGCCAACAGAUCCAGUCUGUUGGUUGUUUCUUUUCUUUUCUUUCAUGUUCUAGGCCCUGUUAAGCUAGGGUGGAGCACAAAUAGCCUAGCUUAGCCAGGGGCCUGUACAAAUCUUCUGUGUACCUUAGAAAAUGCCCCUGGGUCUUUUCCUGGCAGAUGAGUUGAUGCGGAAAGGCUUCUCUGAAGGUAGAAGUUUUGAAAAUUGCUGCUGUACUGUGAGAGAAAUGGGCAAAUGAGUUUAUCCUUGCUGGAAAUUUAAAUGUUGCCACAGAUUUUAAGCACAAAAUUUUUUUCUAUAUUUACAUAGAAGACUAUUUUUGACUAGUAUUCUUUGAGAUGAUGUUUGUCCAUCCUACUCUUUCUCUUGUGACGUUUGAGGAAAGUCAUCAGAUUUGGUUUCCCCCUUUUUUUCCUUGUACAGAUACAUUUUAGCAUAUGCCAAGACCUUGAGGCGUGUCUCAUGAUCGGUGAGACCCGCCUUCAGAGGGUUUGCAUGGAGAACUCGCUCUCCCCGCAGACAAUCCCCAGACAGCCCAGGGUGGCCAGAUUGACCGCUCACAUGACUGCUGGCGCCGUCACUUGUUUCAGCCUCCCACCAGCGGUCUCCUUGUGUGUUGCUGUGGUGCGGCACAUGAUCAAAAAGACGGGGUUAGUGGAGCGCUCACUCCGCUAACCUCAGCUAAGGGGAGGGAGGUUUAGGAGUUUGCUGCUGGGAGCCAGGUGGCUCCCGUGGCAGCAGACGAUCAGCAAAAAGCGGGCUAGGCUCCCUUAGCCCGCUUCUUGCUGAUCGUGAGAAUCUCGUCUGCUUUCUGAUUGCUUGCCUUUGGCUACCUAGAGAUGUAGUUGUCAUAUGGUGACUAGUGGUGGAGAGGGGGGCCUUGCUCUUAUCCGCCUUGGAACACUGGAUAUAUUGAAUAGAAGUGGACAUGGGUACUACCUGUUUCUUCUCAUUUUGACAAGUCUUCCACUUGCCCUAAGAAUCAAAUCAGAAAUGUAAAGUGACGACAAUUACUGUGUAUUCACAAGUCCUAUAUGUCAUAAUAUUCAGCGGCUCAGAGUACAGUGGACCCAAUCCAGAACAAGUUAGUCACGGCUAAAACUGUAGUUCUAUGCAUACUUAGGCAUGAGAUCCAAGACUUACUUUUGAGUAAUCAUGCGUAGAGUGGGGCUACAUGCCACACUGAAAUCAAUGCAACUUAAAUUAAUUAUGCUGCUUUGAAUGGGACUGACUUGCAAGUAACUUUUGCUAGUUUGUGUCCACUGCACUCACUGAGGCUAUAACAUUGUGAAAACCCCACUUGUGGUCUUAACCAUGAUCACAGACACCCUUGGCUCAGUUGCCAAGGAUGUCUAAUUUGCAUAAUUACAAAGAAUCCAAUACUUGUUAACUAAAUGGCAGAAGAGAGGCCUAACAGUGGCUUAAGCUCUUGAUGAAAGGGAGUCAAGCACCUGGUUGCUGCAAAUACACUGGCCAACGUAAUGGUGAAAAGGCACAGCAAACGCCACGCUUGACUCUUCAUGUGUCACUGGGGCUUAGUCUGACCUUGUCUUUGGUUUUUUGUUAAUUGUAAACUUCUAGUAUUAAAUCUUUAAAAGAAACUUGAAAGAGGAUUGUGUACUACUAGUUUGUAACAGGCUUUUUUCAGGAAAAUGAAAAGUGUGUAUAUGCAAUAUAUUUUUACACUAUUAAUGGAAGAAACGUAUUAAAUGUGUUAUCACUUUAUUUGUGUGGAUGUUAAAAGCAGUGACAGUGGUCUGGAUGGUGAAAUCUUAUGCUAAAACAGGUCUUGCUAAUUUCUAAAAAGCACAUUAACCAUUACGGGCAGCUUUUGUUGCAUCAAAGUUCUUCAUUAGUUAAGCGUUUCAAGUUCAGCAGUUGUUCAAAUAGUGCUGUAAAAGCUCACCUUAAAAGGUUUCAUCAGUUUUCAUAAUGUCUAUACCAUUGUUCCUUAGCCUCAAGCUUUCUGUAAUGUAUAUUACUGCUGUUGACUGUAUACAAUUGCAUUUUAAGUUAGUUAAUUGAUCAAUAAAUGUGUUAAUAUAAA